AUGCUCGCCAUCGCCUCCCUUCUCCCAUGCUCGCCACUCUUCUCACCUCUGCUCACCUCGCGUUCUCCGUGCCGCCUCGCUGCUCGAGGCCUGCUCUACUGUGAUACGCCCGUCUCGAUAAGCUCCAUCGCCCGCAACGCAAUGUGCCAAGUCGCCUUCUUCCAGCGCCGCGAGUGCAAGCACAUCUGGGCCGUGGUGAUGGCGCCUUGCGGCCCCUGCAUGGGUUUCGUGACCUGCGCCAGCUUUGGCGACGGAACGGCCAAGGACACACCAAAGUUCUACAAGACCAGGACGAGGCCGUGCCCGAGGUGUGCUGCGGCAGCAGGAUACGCCUAUGAUAGAAAUGCCUUACGCAUGGUACACAAGAUGGGAUGGGGGGUCAAGUUCGGUUGGGGACCCGACGAAGACGAUUGGGGUGUCGAUGUGAGAUUUGCGAGGGGUCGAGGAUGCGUCAUUCUUUGA